AUGUUUGCUGCAAUCUGGGUUGAUUUUGAUGAUACCGAAACCGUAAGUCUAUGGCCCAACGUAGAAGGACGCUUCUUACCAGCUGCUUCUUUUUUUGUCAAUAGGAAUGUGAGGAUCAAAGAAAGAGGACAACCAGCAACAUCGCCGAUAGUGGAAGAACUCAACUUAGGGCAUGUCGAAACAGGUUGGGCUAUCCGCGUCAGGAAUCGUAUGGUGCGUACCUUCUCUGUCAAUCUUAGACUCAAGCUCAACGUUUUGAGGAAGGGGAUAACAUGUGAGGAUGUCUUGUUUGCGAUAUAUGACUUCUUCGCGUCACCACUGUAUGUCGACGAAUUGGGAGAAAUGCACCCUCGAGCCGUUAGAAUCAUGGAACAGCAAUACUUUGAGAAGCGUAGAAUGGGUUUCUUCGACCUGAUGGAAGGUUAUCGUAAAUCGGAUGCUCUUCUGGGUGCAACGUACUUUGAUGGGUACUGUCACCUCCUCACUUGA